CUAGAAGCUAGUUAACUUCCAUAUAUAUGAAACUGGAAGCCAAGAAAAAAGUCUUUCGCUACCGAUUACAUAUAAAUUUUCUCUCGUUAUAGCUUUAUUAAGAGCUGAGACAUCAUUUUAGGUGUUUUAUCAUGUGAAGUGAAUGCUGAGUGAUUUUUUUGGAGUUCGUGUGUUGUCGAAUAUUUACUGGAGUGAACUUGCUUGAAUAUGGGGAAAGAUUACUACAAAAUUCUUGGAGUUCCUCGCGAUGCCAGCGAACAAGACCUCAAGAAAGCCUACAAGAAAAUGGCUCUCAAGUACCAUCCUGAUAAAAACAAAAGUCCAGGAGCAGAUGAGAAAUUCAAGGACAUUGCAGAGGCUUACGAAGUGUUGAGUGACCCUCAGAAACGCGAGGUCUUCGACAAAUAUGGCGAGGAAGGUUUGAAGGGAACAGGGCCACCUCCUGGCUCUGCAAACUUCCAGGAGUUUCACAUGCCCGAAGGAUUUACUACUUUUACUUUCCAUGGUGAUCCUAAAGCUACGUUCUCAAGCGUAUUCGGGGAUGAAGACCCAUUCAAAGAUUUCUUCAGUGCUUCUUUUGGACAAAGUGGGCCGUCUGGCUUUUCUGGUUUUACAAGCUUUCCAAGCAUGGGAGGAUUCACCACUCAGUCUACUACUCAAGGAAGGCGCUCCUCAUCUUUCGAAGAGCUGCCAUCUUUCACCCGAAGAAAGAAAACACAAGAUCCACCAAUAGAAAAGAUUAUUCGUGUAUCCUACGAAGAACUACUUACUGGAACGCAGAAGAAACUCAAGAUAAUGAGGAAAGUGCUUAACGCAGAUGGGCAAACCACUCGAAAUGAAGAAAAGAUCUUGACACUAGAUGUGAAGAAGGGCUGGAAAUCCGGAACAAAGAUAACAUUUGCCAAGGAAGGAGACCAGAACCCCAACACUAUCCCAGCAGAUAUAAUAUUCAUUAUACAAGACAAGGAGCAUAAGCACUUCACAAGAGAUUCUGAUAACAAUAUUCUGUACACUGCUAAGAUAUCCCUCCGUGAUGCUCUUACAGGCUUUGCUAAUGGAGCUAGUGUGCAAGUUCCUACCCUAGACAACAGAACAAUCAAUAUACCCCUGACUGACAUCACCAAGCCAGGAACAAGAAAGAGAGUCAAAGGAGAGGGAUUGCCCCUGCCGAAAAAACCUGGACAAAGAGCUGACAUGCUGGUAACAUUUGAAAUUGUCUUUCCAACUUAUUUGCCACAGGCAAGCUUAGAUGCUCUGCGAAGUGCUUUGCCAUCUUAAUAUUAUUAGUGUGUUGAAAAAUCUAGUUUGAAUGUUGUUUUUGUAUUAAAUUUAUUAAAUUAUUAGGCAAGCCGCUGGAUUCAUGUAAUGAUGGGAUUCUUCUCAUUAGAGGUUGUAAAACUUAGUCCAAUUAAUGGAUCAGUUUUGUAAGUUAAACUUUGAUAGUUAUUGAAGUAAAAAGAAGGAAAAACAAA